AAGGAUGGAACGGGAGACUGACAGGCGGAUCGGUGCAGCUUUUGUAUUCAACAAAAUAGGUAAAAACAGAUUUUUAUAGGAGGAUCUUCAAUGGGAAGCUGCAGUUUGUCUAUUUGCCGCUGAAUGUCGCUGCAGCGUCGUUGAAUUCAGCCCGUUCUGUGAGGCCGGAAGUCAGGUGGCUUUGCCGUCAAAGUAAAAGCACGGCUUUGGAGUAGGAUUUUUUUUUUCCUCCUUUGGUAAUACAGCAUUUGAGGUUUACAUCGAACUUUACCCGUAAGAGAAGCGUUGGAAAGUUUUUGGACAAAUACUGGUCAUGACUGGGAUUUCUCCAUCAGAAACACGUAAACCGCCUGCACUGCCCUUAGUCUUGUUUAUUGUGGGUACAUCGAGUAUUAACAGUAACAACUGGCGUUUUAUUGUUGGACUCAAACAACAUGGUGCAGCACGCAAGGAGGUAAAAAAAAACAAACAUAAAAAGGUGGUUUUAAUUGAAAGAUUUUGAGAGCCCACCAGCUAUUUUUGCGAAAAGCCAGGCAGGAAGUGUCGGAGUGUUUGCCGCAUGCGGUCUUGACGCUGGCGGUGCGUCAGUCGUUUAGUCUGGUCCGAGUCCUAUUGGAGAGGCCGCCUCUCCUUUCGUCGUUGCGGCGGAGAAAAAAAGAUGUGGACUAGAAGUGGAACCGGAGCCCGUGACCCGGUUCAGUCCAGAAGGAGAACUAGAGCCAGACUAGCUGAAACUACAGUCCAGACACGGCUCGGCUCCCAAACAGCAUGACAGCAGUAGCUGCUGUGGUGGAGGAGACAGUUACAGAGGGAGGCUCCAGCCGCUGAGAGAGACAGCUAGCAGCCAGCUAGCAGCGCGAUGACUAUGGAGGGAAGCGGCACGAUCCGCAGCCGCAUCAGGAACCUUCUGCGCUCCCCGUCCAUCAAACUACGGAGGAGGAGCGGCACGGCGCGGCAUAAGGAGGACCUGAGCGGCAAGGUGACCUUGGAGAAGGUUCUGGGUAUCACGGCUCCAGGGAACCGAGCGCUGGCCUGCGACCCCCAAACUGGACUGCUGGCUUAUCCUGCUGGGUGUAUUGUCGUCCUCCUGAAUCCUCGGAAGAACAAACAGCAUCACAUCUUCAACAGCUCCAGAAAGGCAAUCACCACGUUGGCGUUUUCUCCAGAUGGGAGAUAUGUCGUUACAGGAGAGAGCGGCCACAUGCCGGCGGUGCGGGUCUGGGACGUGUCGGAGCAUGUCCAGGUGUCAGAGCUGCAGGAGCAUAAGUACGGCGUGGCGUGUGUGGCGUUUUCUCCAAAUGGAAAAUACAUUGUCAGCGUCGGUUACCAGCACGACAUGAUGGUCAACGUCUGGAACUGGAAGAAAAACGUCGUGGUUGCAGCCAAUAAGGUGUCCAGUAAAGUGACAGCCGUCUCCUUCUCAGACGACAGCUCGUACUUUGUUACUGCCGGCAACCGUCACGUCAAGUUUUGGUACCUGGACCAUGCCAAAACCUCCAAGGUGAACGCCACUGUUCCCCUGCUGGGACGUUCAGGGUUGCUGGGAGAGCUCAGGAACAACUUCUUCACUGAUGUGGCGUGUGGGCGUGGCCGACAAGCUGCCUCUACCUUCUGCAUCACCUCCUCUGGUCUGCUGUGUGAGUUCAACAACCGGCGACUCCUUGACAAGUGGGUGGAGCUUCGGAGAGUCGACUCAGUCUCCACAUCUCAGGCCACCUGUUUGUCCGUCUCUGACGAGCUGAUCUACUGUGGUUGUUCUGACGGGACAGUUAGAGCUUUCAGCCCCAUCAACCUGCACUUCAUCUGCACUCUGCCCCGCCCACACUCCCUGGGAGCUGACAUCGCCAGCAUGGUGCACGCCAGUCAGCUGUUCUCCUGCAGGCAAGAGGCUCGAUAUCCAGACACGGUGGCUGUGACCUAUGACCCCACCAACCACUGGCUGUCCUGUGUCUACAAUGAUCAUAGUGUUUACAUUUGGGAUGUCCGAGACCUGCGAGACCACUGCAGGGCGGGAAAACUGUACUCUGCCCUGUACCACUCGUCCUGUGUGUGGAGUGUGGAGGUGUACCCAGAGUGGGGAGGAGGAAGAGGAAGAGGAGAGGUGCGUCUUCCCCCUGGUUCCUUCCUGUCCUGCUCCUCAGACAGCACCAUCAGACUAUGGAGCAUUGACAGACACAACAUCCUGAACAGGAACAUCCUGAGCCAUGACCUGCAGAAGGUCAUUUACGUGGACGACAACAUAACCAGCCUGCUGGACACAGACAGCCUCACUGUUGCCAGUGGCAACACAGAGAAAGCGGGGUCAUCGGGAUGUGAGGGACAGCAGACAGACCAGAGCCGGGCGGGCAUCAGGGCCCUGAGAGUCAGUCCUAACGGGCAGCACCUGGCCUCUGGAGACCGCAUGGGAGUCCUCAGGAUCCAUGAUCUGGACAGUAUGAAGGAGAUCCUGAAUAUUCAGGCUCAUGACUCGGAGAUCCUGUGCCUCGAGUUCUCCAAACCUGAUACAGGUCUCCAGUUAUUAGCCACGGCCAGCCGGGACCGUCUGAUCCACAUCCUGGACGUGUCCCAGGAUUACAGUCUGGUCCAGACUCUGGACGAACACUCGUCCUCCAUCACAGCUGUCAGAUUUGCUGCCAAUGAAGGGAAAGUGAGGAUGAUCAGCUGUGGAGCCGACAAGAGCGUCUACUUCCGCACCGCUCAGCAGGUGGAUGAGGGGCUGGAGUUUACGCGGACUCAUCACGUCGUCAGGAAGACCACUCUGUACGACAUGGACGUUGAGCCGACCAGGAAGUAUGCAGCAGUGGGCUGCCAGGACCGCAGCAUCAGGAUCUUUAACAUCAGUAAUGGGAAACAGAAGAAGUUGUACAAAGGCUCUCAGGGAGAGGAUGGCACUCCCAUUAAGGUGCAGAUCGACCCAUCAGGUCUCUACAUCGCCACAUCCUGCUCAGAUAAGAGUAUCAGUAUCUUUGACUUCUACUCUGGAGAGUGUGUGGCCACCAUGUUCGGACACUCAGAGAUCGUCACAGGUCUGAAGUUCAGCAGCGACUGCAGACACCUGGUCACGGUCUCAGGAGACAGCUGUAUCUUCGUGUGGCGUCUCAGUCCAGAGUUGACCAUCAGGAUGAGGCAGCGACUCUCUGACCUCCGAUCUCCCAGCAGCAACCACAGCUCCCAGAAUGCACUGCAGCAGCGAGCGGCAGAGCUCAACAGGGAGGCGUCGGUUCCUCCUGGCGUUGUCAUGUCAUCUGACAGCAAGGAAGAGGAGGAGAAGCUCAACUGUCCCUACAUGGUUGCAGCAGGAAGCCCGAGUAAGGACACAGAUGUGUGUGAGGACAAGUACAACUCUGUGGACUCUCAGCACUGCAGAGAUAACAGGAUGACUCCUCAGGGGGCAUCGGGGGUUCGAAUCCCCCGCCGUCGCUGGUCCAGGAGGACAGGCAGCGCUGAUGGUGUCCUGAUGGUGAAGUCCAUGUUGGAUCUGAGAUUGCUGGAGUCAUACAGACCGGAGGAGCAGGAUGAGGUGAAGAGCCACCCCACUGAUGUUGGUGCCUCCCCAUGCAGCCCAGGGAGGAGGGGUCAGGGCUUAGAGGCGGUGCUUCAUAGAACCAAUCAGGAGCUGGGGAGUUCCAUCAGUCUGCAGUCUGCUACAUGGGUGGCCGAUGAUGCGAGGACCAAUCAGAACUCAGAUGGGGAGGCUCCAGUGCUGUAUCCCGACCAAUGGGAGGACAGAGUGAGUCUGGCAGGCAGUGAGUUCCAGGUGAAGGAGGCGUGUCCUGUUGCUGCAGGUGGACAACAGGACAAACCCAGUCCAGACAGUGGCUGCUCACUGGGACUCACCUGCAGCAUAUCCAGUCCAGACAGACCGGCAGGAGAUGACUCGGAGCCCACCGAGCCUCUCAGCAUGGAUGGAAACUCCUCUGAGCUGGAUAUGGAAGAGGAGGAGGAGGAGGGAGGAAGAGAAGGUGGAGACGGGGAAGUCGGGGUGUCCCAGAUGAUCCCUCAGACUCCAGACCAGGAAGCUUUCCUGAAGGAGCACUUUGUCACGCUGGCUGACCUCUCAACCUCAGGGAGUCCGAGCAGAGCGUCGCACAGCUCCAGUGAGAGUCUCAGCAUCUCCUCCAGGUUCCUCUCCCAGAAUUCAGCUGGAAGCCAGGCUGUGCUUCCUCUCCCGUCUCGCACCUGUGGGGGAGGAGGAGGGGAGGUGAAGACCCAUCGUCUUGUCUCUGAGGUGCGACCCUUGAUGGAGCAGAAUCAGAACAAGGACAGGAGGGUGUCAUGGGGCCAGGACCAAACCCAGGACACCCUCCAUUACCAGAACAGGACCAAGCAGGAACAAACAAGGUCUCCUCCAGACUUGACACCGACCCAGCAGGGUACAGAUCUGCUCCAGACCGAGGUGGAGAAAGAGGAGUACUCCUCAGCCGAGCAUGCUCACCAAUCCUCCCCACUGAAGAAGAAGCUCCAAAUUGAAGUGGAAUCCAAGAGGAAUCAGAGUCUGACGGCCUGGUCCGCCACCUCCUCUCACCUGAACUCCUCGUCUGGACUUCGGAAAGCUCAGUCUGUCCACAGCCUGCUGAGCGACACAGGUGACUUCUCUUUAUCCCAGUCGACCUCUCGUCCAUCCAGAGAGGUCCCUCUUCAGAUGCUCCUUCCUCUGCAGCGUCCCACCACCCUGCCCUCCUGCCCCAGACGCCCUUCCUCCACCCUGCUCCCACAGAGACUCAUCCUCACCUCCCCCCAGCAGGAAACGGCUGUUCUCUCCCUUCCGAGGAAGUCUUCCUCAACUCCAUCAGCACCGCGCUCCUACAUGAACCCCACCGCCAGCUCCAUGGCUAAGAUGUCCCGUUCCGUCUCCAUGAGCGAUGGCCUCAACAAACCCACCGAGGAUCCUGCAGUGAUUGCCUUGAUGCCAGCAACAGUAACCUCCUCCUCCUCCUGUCAGGUCAAAGAGACUCCGCCUCCUCUUGUUGCUGUGGUGCCCUCCAACACCGCUCUGGCCUCACACUGCCACGCUGCAGUCAUCCCGGUCAUCGCAACCUCAUUCCUGGCUAACCAAGGGAACCAGGCAGCCCCUCCUGCCUAUGGUCUCCAGGCUCGGGUCCCUGACAGUAGCAAGCCGCCGCCUGACAAACUCUCCCUAAACUCCUCAUCUUUGGCCAAGACCACGUCGUCUUGGCCUCCUCCAGUCUCCGUCUGCCCCCUGGCUCCCCCUUGCCCAGAGGAACUGCCCCAGACUCCUGCAGGCAGCAGUGCAGAGCAAAGGAAUGAUACAGACCAGCCAAUCAGUGUGGAGAUGUGCAGAGCCCUGACCAAUGAACUGCAGAGCUGUUUUAAGAGAGCAACACACCUGUACAGGAAGGUGAAUGGCUCCUCUCCUGAUGUCCCUGCCACCGAGCAGUGUCAGAUGGCCAUUCUCCUAUCAGAGGCCUUCCAGUCCAUGAGGGCGGAGCUAGACUCUCUGCCACUCAGCUCGCCAAGCAUGCUGGGAGUAGAUGGGGGCUUGGGAGGAGUGGGGGAGGUGAAGACAGCGGCUCUGCUGGAGGAGUACUCUCUGCUCCUGCUGCAGGCUGUGCACAGGAGGGUCAGCAGCUCCAUGUACUGAAUUCCACCCAGCCUCCUCCUCCACUGCACCAUCUCACUUGCAUUGAAGGAUCUGAAGCCAUUUGGCCGUGUUGUCUUAAGGGAACAAGAUGACAAAUACUUUUUUAAUGAAAACUGAGGAGCUCUGAAGUUUUGAAUUUUUUUUUCUCUGACUGAAUCAUGGAUGCUCUUGCUUCUUUGAUUCCCCUUCCAUUCCCUAAAGUUCCUGCUGUUUGUUUGGAGAUAAUCAAAAGGUGUGAACCAGCAUCUUCAGUGUCCUUCCAACUGGAAGGGUGGUUGGGAUUAUUGAUUAUCAUCAGUCAUUGUUGUAGGAGACUUUUACAGGCACAAAGAGCAAUAAGAGACUUUUGGUGUUAACAGACAUCUGAAACUAAACCAGACUUCCUGGGGGCAAUGAGGAUUUUCUGACACACUGAACAGUUGGUAUUGAACCUGCUAGGCUGGAACAUCUGUCACACUGCUGCCUCACUGUUUAUACACCGACCGCCAGCGUCUUCUAACAGUCUGUCACUGAAGUCUUAUUCUUUUUAAAAAUUAAUGAGGAUGUACAUUUUUAUUAUUGUUAUGAGAAAAAUACUUUCUUGGAUUUAACCUGGGGUUUGUUAUAACUGACCUUCCUCACAAACUAACAGGUUUGUUUAAAAUAGUUUCUCGGUUUUUGUCAAAUGCAAUAAAAGUUUCUGACAUAUUUUGAUGUUUGUGACGGCUCAGGAGCUGUUGCUCUGUCAGGCAACCGAAGUGUGUUGUUGGACAAUAAAAAUAUUUAGUCAAUGGCUUAAGUACAACUUAAGUUACUUG